GCUCACUUGACCGCAGUAAGCAGAGCGAGUGGAUUUUUCUGUUUUUUCAUUGGCAAUUACAGCGAGAAGUCAUGCAACGCUAUUUUCCCCUGAUAACUUGUCGUUUGUUGCUAAUAUCUGCGCUUCUAUUUGCCAGAGAAGCUGACGCUCUAAAGGUGCUUGGUGGAAGUGUGACAGCGGUUCAAGGAGGUACGGCCAUCUUACCGUGUCAUGUCAUUGACACCAAUGAUGACCUGACACAGAUUACCUGGCAAAGGAAGACUAGAAAAAACCCUCAUAAUGACAAUUUUAUUACUAUCCAACCCAGAAAUGGACUACAGUUUGUCAAUGGACGUGAUGAUCGAUUUAAAUAUGUCGGGAAUUUUAACAACAAUAAUGGAACUCUCCAGUUAUCCAAUGUUGCCCUGAAGGAUGAAGGCAGCUACACGUGCAUCUUCACCCUGUUUCCCAGUGGAAAUCAGAAGAUUGAGAUUCCUCUAAACCUGCUCGUGCCUCCUUUCACAAGUGUGAUGGACAAUCUUCCCACUUUGGGCACAGAAGAGGUUUUAUUUGCUACCUGCACGGCUGCUGGAUCGAAGCCUCCUGCAGAGGUGAGGUGGCUCACUGAUGCUUUGGGAGACAAAGUGAGGACAACAACAAACUCCACCCAGUAUGACAACGGUACGACUACCACAGUCAGCUCUCUGUUUGGUGUUCCUACGAGAGAGAUUAAUGGUCACCAGAUCCAGUGUGUUAUCAGUGGUGACUCCCUGUCUGCAGAAGAAACCCUGGCCUUCACCAUACAGGUCUACUUUUCUCCUACAGAAGUGAAAAUUUCAGCAAUUUCAGAGGAUUCAUUUGAGUGUGUGACAGAAGCUAACCCAAAUGCAAAAUUCACCUGGAUCAGAUCUGGCCAGUCUUUGCUGGAGUCUGCUGUCAAAGUAGACGGUGCAAACCUACAACUGCUCAGCCUGACGUCUGAUCUAAAUGGACUCUAUCAGUGUGAAGCAUCUAACGCAUAUGGAAGUAAACACGGUCAGCUCUAUGUGCAUGUGACAUCAGGAACAAGCCGUGUUGCCUGGGCAUUAUUUCUUGUUUUGCUUUCCCUGAAUGUUGGGGCUGCAGCAUGGUACUUUUAUAAAUCUGGACGUUUUAAAAGCUGUGGGAGCAAAUAAGGGACAACAUCUGGACCGAUGCCUCCACCAACGUGUCAUUCCACAGUCAACUGGUAAACAUACAGAUGAAUAGAUGGAGGUAUUUGGUAACAUUUCCUACCCGCGAAUCCCUUUUAUUUUGUGAUUCAGGUUUAUAAAUGUUUUUGUCUUACUUUAAAAUUGCAGUAAUUGCAUAAAUACACGCAAAACAUUGGUAACUGACUCCCACUCUCCUUGCAUGUCACUCCCACUGCCACAGCAUUUUGGAUGUGGCUUUUACUGCCUGUUCCUGUUGUCAUGAACAACUUAAGCAGUAUUUGGGAUCCAUACUGUUUCCACCAACAGUUUGAAGUGCUUUCAUCUGCAGUUGGCUGUUGAUAGCAGUUAUAUUAAUGUGGUUACAGCUGUUUUUGUUUUUCCCCAUCUACUUAUUAUUACUACCCUUCAUGAAGGGUAGCAAUGUUAAUUGUAUAUUUUUAGGUUUAAAAUGUACAGUACCAGCACAAGUUUAGACACACAGCCUGUUCAUCAGCAGUACACCACGAAAGCCCACGCAGACAUUGGGUUCAAAACAGCUCGCAGACAGUACAAACACUCACACCAGACAACACCUUGAAUGCAGUAAUCUGUCUGUCUGGUGUAUAAUUACUACUGAGCAACCAAAGCUGAGGGUGCAAACACUUGCUCUGUAAUUUCAACCAGUAUCAUUAGUAUAUAAUUUUAUAACUAUGCAGCCCUGCCUUUGUCCUUUUUUUUUAAAAAAAAAAAAAGGAAUCUCAAUCACUCAUCAGGGACUUUUUUAUACAGAUAAAAGAUCCUCCAUUUUGCCAGAUUUAUUAUUUUAGGGUUUUGUUUUUUUUUAAUUAAAUGGUAAAUGGCUUGUAUUUGUAUAGCGCUUUACU